AUGCACAAGUACACUAUACCUGCAUACCGCGGAGCAAGGAGCACAGGAACCGCGUACACGGUACAAAGACAAGUUACACUCACGGGGCCCCGCGACUCUCGUGGGACCCCGCAGUCGCUCGCAUUACUAAUCCGGCAAUGCCGUCCCGCUGCCGCUGCAACCGAAAGCUGCAGAGGGCACCCGCUAAAACCGCCGGCUACGAGCAAACGCCAACACCCGAUCAUCGGCAUCCGGACGAAGCUAGCACCAAGAUUUGCGCCGACGCUUACGGAGCCCUCGCUCGCUGACGACGCACGACGGCAAGGCAUCCGCUGGCACUCGCACGACCCUACAGCCGACAAAAGCUGGCCCUCGUAUCGACUCCCAUCGACCCUCGAAUCAUCAUCGCCCCUCCUCGUCUACCUCGUCUGCCCACGCCGCCCCUCUGCUCGCCGCCUCUGUCCCCUUGCCUGCCCCCUCCCGGCCGAGCGAGGUUCGUCGAGGCAGGCCAUCGCCCGCCAUGACGAAGCUAAUCCUAUCCACCGGGUUCGUUCCCUUUCUCGUCGACGAGACCAUCGACGGCACGUCCGUCCAUGGUGGCUGAUGGUGGCGAAAAUCGUCGAUAGCAAUGUCAUGUCGGCCGGCCCCUCCAUCAUCCGCAAGUCGGGCAGCACGACGAGAUCCAACCUCGAGCUCGUCAACUCCCUUCGGGACAACUUCCGAGCGACGCAGCAAGACUACGCCAACGCGGCGACGCCCGUGUCCGACCAGUCCCCGCCGCCCAAGUCGUCGUCGUCGUCGGAUGACCGUGGUCAGCCGCCGGCCGUCGACGUCUGGACCGAGCGGGACGGCGACAGGCUGUACGUUCCGCGCAUCGGCUGGGAGACGGCCGGCCUGCGCGAGGAGGCGAGCCAGUACGAGAUCACGGUCAAGCUGUUCCUGCUGCCGGGCACGCCCGUGGCCGAGCGCGAACGGUUCGUCGGCGAGGCGCUGGCGCUCGUGGGCAGGGAGCUCGGCGUCGACACCAUCGACCUCCUCGUCGUCUCCUUCCCCGGCAUGUCCUUUGAGGGCAACUGCGAGUGGGAGGCGGACAAGAUCAACGCGCAGCAGGGCAACCUCGACGAGGAGCUCGCGACCUGGAAGGUCUUUGAGAGGCUGCACGAGCGCGGCGUGGCCCGGCGGCUCGGCGUGUCCGAGUUUGGCAGCGCCAAGCUCGAGGCCUUUCUCGAGCGCGCGGCGGUGCGGCCCGUCGUCGACCAGAUCAACCUCCGCGACUGCUGCAACGUGCCGCCGCCGCUGAAGAAGCUCGCCGACGCGGCCGGCGUCGAGCUCAACGUGCACGUCGACUGCACCGACAUCCUGCCCCGCGGGACGCUGCGGGACCUGCUGAGCUACGGCGACGGCGGCGCCGGCAUCCUGCUGACGCCCGGCGUCGCCGCCCCGGGCCUGCCGGGCGAGGUGGUGCCGCAGUGGGUCGUCCGAUACAUGGCCUUUGUCCGCGAUCGGGGCGUCAUCGAGAACAAGGGAUACUUUGCCGGCGCGGCGCUGGUGUAG